AUGAAGGCCAGAGUCUGCUUGGAGACCCUUGUCACACCAGCAGCUAAAGCCACAACUCUUCAAAGACAAAGUGUCCAGUGGGCCCAGUUAUAUGGUGAGCGAGCUCUGAUGGAUCUAGUCGACUUGUAUCUCCCAGAGUGCUUCACUUACCACUCCGACGUUGAUCUCCUGGGCAGGAUGUCGCUGCGGGGCUUGGACCCGACCUGUCCCACGUCCAUAAAGCGUGAGCCCUCCAGCCCCAGCUCUCAGGGCGACGUCAGCCCGGCUCAGCCCAGUCCCGCCAGCUCCUCCUCGGACACAAGCUCCAGUUUUGGGCCCCUCAAGAGCCACCCUCACAGCAAUGGCCUGGACUCACCCAGUCUUUACGGCCCCAGUGCUGCCAGCAUUGCAGAUACAAACAGGAGGUUUGUAGAGGACGAAGGCCCGGUGAAGUGUGAGUUUAUGCUAGGCACUGUAGCCAAGCGCGUGUGCCUGGUGUGCGGAGACAUCGCCUCAGGAUACCACUAUGGGGUGGCCUCCUGUGAAGCCUGUAAGGCCUUUUUCAAGAGGACCAUCCAAGGUAACAUCGAAUACAGCUGCCCAGCAUCCAAUGAAUGUGAAAUCACCAAGAGAAGAAGGAAGUCCUGCCAGGCCUGUCGGUUUGUCAAGUGUCUGUCCGUGGGCAUGCUGAGAGAAGGUGUUCGUUUGGAUCGAGUCCGUGGAGGUCGUCAGAAGUACAAGCGGAGGAUAGACGCAGAGAACAGUCCGUACCUGCAUCCACAAAACGCCUUUCCCCAAAAGAAAACACUGGGCAGUGUGACUGAAAACAAGAUGGUAUCUCUAUUGCUGGUGGCUGAGCCUGAGAGCAUCUUUGCCAUGCCCGACCCUACUGUCCCGGAGAGCGACAUCAAAGCUCUGACCACUCUGUGCGACCUCGCCGACCGAGAGCUAGUGGUUAAUAUCGGCUGGGCCAAACACAUCCCAGGCUUCCCUUCCUUGUCUUUGGCUGAUCAGAUGAGCCUGCUACAGAGCGCCUGGAUGGAAAUCUUAAUUCUGAGGGUAGUGUUUCGCUCGCUGACGCUUGAGGACAGGCUGGUGUACGCCGAGGACUACAUCAUGGACGAGGAGCAGUCCAAACUGGCCGGACUGCUGGACCUCAACAACGCCAUCCUGCAGCUGGUCAAGAAGUACAAGAGCAUGGGCAUAGAGAAGGAGGAGUUUGUGCUUCUGAAGGCCAUCGCACUCGCCAAUUCAGACUCCAUGCAGAUUGAAGACACAGAGGCAGUGCAGAGACUCCAGGAUGUCCUCCACGGAGCUCUCCAGGACUAUGAAAGCAUGCGUCACCCCGAGGACCCUCGGCGAGCGGGCAAACUGAUCAUGACGCUGCCCCUACUGAGACAGACCUCGGCUCGAGCCGUGCAGCACUUCUGCAGCAUUAAGCAGGACGGGCGUGUGCCAAUGCACAAACUGUUCCUAGAGCUGCUGGAGGCAAAAGGCUAA